UUCAGCUUGUGGUAUCUACAGUAGAUGUAUUUUGUCGCUGAAGAGAGCUAAAAUAUGGAUUUGUGAUGAACGCAAGARGUUUUGUCGAUGUUUUUAAUAAGAAUUUAACGACCAACUGUGAUGCUUAGCUACCUUGUGUUAAAGUACUCGGGAGCUUUUAGCGGCCACAAACCAAGUCAGUCGGAGUUCUUCAUCGAUGAUGAUGAUUGUGAAGAAGAAGAGGAACUGUUGUUCUGUAAGAAUAAUGUCUCCGUCCCUGAUACUAAAGUAGARCAAGGAGAAACUCCUGGAUAUUUUAUUUUGAAAUGUAGAACUCGUUUGAGCGGCCGUAAACGACUCAUUAUAUCAUGGACACCAAACUCACACCUCGUAGGUAAACAUAGAACUAGUGAAACUCCACCUUGCACAUUCACGACUCCAAAUGAACGCCAAGAAGAGAUUCAAAAAGUUUUCAAUGUAGAUUUAAGUGAAAUGAAGUCGUUGCUAUUAUUUUACGAUAGCGAUAAGCGAACAAGUGGUCAGUUUGUCAUUGGCAACUAUGAAAAUCACUACAAAGUUUUUAACUUUCCCAUUGGGGGCCUUGAAAAGAUCACGGAAAUUUUAGAAUCGUGGGAAUGGUGUGCGAGUCAAAAGGUUAAUGAUGACGAGAAGAGGAAAAAGUUAUUCUUGGUUACUCUGAGAUCCCCUGUCAGUAAAGAUAGUUACGUGGAAGAAGGAAGAUACAAUCCAAUGCCCUAUGAUGUAUGGAAAACACUGUUCAAUGAGAAGGGUCAAAUCGAGGAUGUUGCCAAUUUUCGCAGAGCUGUGUUUUUUGGUGGACUAAGUCCUGAAGUUAGAAAAGAAGCCUGGAAAUUCUUGCUGUUUUACUAUAGUUUUAGCUCUACACACAAAGAAAGGGCUGAGUUGAAAGCUCUCAAAGAAUUAGAAUACCUGGAGAUUCAUCGCAAAAGACUUUCUAUGACUGACCAAGAACACCAGGWAUUCUGGAAAGCAGUGCAAUGCACAGUUGAUAAAGAUGUGCCAAGAACAGACAGAUCACAUCCGUACUUUGCUGGCAGUGAUAACCCAAACACUGAAGUUAUGAGAAAUAUCCUAUUGAACUAUGCCGUACAUAACCCURUCGUGGGMUACAGUCAAGGAAUGUCUGACCUUGUUGCUCCAGUACUUGCUGUGGUACAGGAUGAGGUGGAUGCAUUUUGGUGUUUUGCAGGUUUGAUGGAAGCAAGUGUCUUUGUUACAUCACCUAAAGAUGAUAUCAUGGAUAAACAGUUGAGAUACCUAAGAGAGUUAACCAGAAUGCUUGAACCAAGAUUUUAUGCGCAUUUGCUGAUUAAAGAUGAAGGUCUUGACAUGCUGUUUUGUCACCGAUGGUUGUUGCUCUGCUUCAAACGCGAGUUUUUCAAUGCUGAGGUUCUUCUAAUGUGGGAAGCCUGCUGGUCGCGCUAUCAGACUGAGUAUUUUCAUAUCUUCCUGUGUGUUGCCAUGGUGCAAGAAUAUGGCCAUCAGGUCAUCGAAAAGGACAUGCAAGUCGACGAUAUGCUUCAGUACUUUACCGACUUGUCACUGAAAAUGGACGGUAGUUUGGUCUUACGAAAAGCCCGUCAACUUCUCCUCAAGUUUCGGCAAUUGCCGUAUAUACCCUGUUGUGUACGGGGUUUGCUCUCAGGCCCUGGUGUGUGGGACAGUGCUCCUUUGCCCGUUAUCGAGUGCCUUUGUCGUGGAACGUGUCUCUUCGAUGAAGAUAUACCUUUUCAAGCAGAACCUGAAUUAAAAUCUGAGGAGGAUGAAAGGGAGAAAUAUCAAGAUGAACUGCCUGAAAAAGUAAAGAACAAGAAAGAAAACACAGAAUGUACUGAUGUUAUUACAGAAGAAAAGGUUGAAGAAGAUAAAAACGAAGAUAACGAUCGCGAAGUUAUUAUAAUAGAGCAAAAAGAACAAGACGAAAAACCAAAUUUGAYUGAGCAGGUUAAGAAAAUACAUGUAAACACUCAAAAUGAAGAAUCAGAAGUUAAUGCUGUCAUUACAGAAGAAAACGUUGAAGAUGUAAACGAAGAAAAAACUCGUGAAGUUAUCGUMAACGAACAAGACCCGAUAGAAACAGGUGAAGUUAUUACGGAAGAAGAAAAACCAAAUUUGACUGAACAAGUUGAUAAUCAGACGAUUGAUGUCGCAGAGGAGAGCAAAGCUAAUUGAAUAUAACUUUACUGAUAGGAAAUAUUACUUAAUUACUCGUAUAACGAGAGAUUUGUUUGGUCAAACGAGCGUGCUUUAUAAAGGCCCGUUUACGUUUUUCGCGAUUUUUGCAGUGCGAUAAUCGCCACUUUGUUAUCGCGCAACUCAAAUCGUACGUGUAAACAGCCCUGCGAUUGUUGCGGCGAUGGCAAAUCGCUGCGAAGUUGCAGCAAAUUUUUCAAGAAUGUUCGAAACUCAGGCGAUGGUUGCGCGACGUUCGCCGCGAGAUUCGCUCUGCAAAAAUCGCAAGUGUGAAAAAGGGGCCUUAAUAGUCCAAAGCACCCCUUCUUGACCUGCAUUAUUUUGUGAUAAAUCAAAUCGGGAUGAUAAAAAUUACUCAAAAAGUGUGAGACUAUGUCAUUAGGUUCGCGUUUCUAUUCCAAUUUGUCCUGGUUGCUUUUUUGAAUGAUAUAAAACAACUAAAUUUGUAAGUGAAAUUAUCAACGGUAUCAGUUCUGAUCAUCGCGUUUUAACCGGGAGAACGGUUAAUUAACCUUGACGUAUACUGGUUUGUUUAGAAUGUUGCAUAGAUUUGAUUAAUAACAGUGAUAUUUACCUUAAGUGAAUGUUCGUUACCGUAUGCACCAUCAGUAAUUUGUUAGGGCGUGGUACACGAGCGUAAACCUAUUAAAGGAACACCGCCAACCGACAACCUUUGCGGUCAUUUGCUUUCUUUUAAGAAAGAUCUGUCGUUGAAAGUUGUUUUCUGAUUGGUUCAGCAUCAAAGAUUGCGUUUUUUCGUAUGUGAAAAAAUCGCGCAGAGGUUUUCGGUUACACGUGGGACUUUACUAACUGUUUAGUUUAUUUUAGAAGAGUAAYUAUAAUGUCUGAUUUUAAAUUUUUAUCAGAUUGCCUUUAGGGAAGACAAUAGUUUGAUAAAUUCUCAGGUGUUUUUAUUUUUUUCCGUUGAGAACUGCUUGAAACUGGCUUGACUUGAUGUCGAUAUUAAAAUAAAUAACUUUCUUUAAAGUGGACAUGGGGUCAAUUAUACAGAAAACUAGUCAGAUUAUAUAAAAUAAUUUGAUACAUAGAGUUUGUAAUUCCUAUUAUUGGUAAUAUAAUUUGCAAUAAGCUCUUUUUAAUCCAAUUAGAUGUAAAUAAAACUGAAAACGAGUGAGAACAAUAAAGAUAAUGAUUUUGGU